AUGGAUAAGAAGUAUAAGAGCUCUUGUUGGAGUAUUCAUGGCGAGACAAGAGAAUCUACACAAGACAGUGGUCUUCAAUAUGAAACGGAGGCAUUUGAUUUCUUUAAGACAGCAUUCUCUAUGGAUGAAGAUGGUCCGAAUCAGACGAAUGACAAUGUGGUGGAGACAAAUGAUGAUGAUGAAGCAGCAGAGGAAACUGAAUUUAGGAAAAAGUUAAGAGACGCUGAAUCGCCAUUGUACACGGAUUGUAUCAAACACACGAAGGUUUCAGCAAUCAUGGGACUUUACAGAUUCAAGGUUAAAAGUGGUGUGUCUGAGAACUACUUUGAUCAGCUGUUGGUUUUGCUUCAGGACAUGCUAUCUGAAGACAAUGUUCUUCCGAAGAGUAUGGAUGCAAUCAAGAAAUUUUUGAAGAUAUUUGGUUUCGGCUACGACAAUAUUCAUGCUUGCAAGAAUGAUUGCAUACUCUAUAGCAAGGAGUUUGAGAAGCUAGAAAGCUGUCCAAGAUGCAAAGUUUCAAGAUGGGAGAAAGAUAAGAACAUCAAUGAGUUAAAGGUUGAGAUUCCAGCUAAGGUCCUUAGAUAUUUUCUAAUCAAGGACAGACUUAGGAGGAUGUUUAGAUCAAAAAAGAUGGCUGAAGAUUUGCGUUGGCACUAUACCAAUGCCACUGAAGAUGGUACAAUGCGACACCCCGUUGAUUCUAUCUCUUGGGCACAAGUGAAUGAUAAAUGGCCAGACUUUGCUGUUGAACCAAGGAAUCUUCGACUUGGAAUUUAUACAGAUGGGAUGAACCCUUUCUCCAUGCAAAACACCAAUCACAGCACAUGGCUAGUGUUGUUAGUGAACUACAACACGCCUCCAACUAUGUGUAUGAAGGCUGAGAACAUAAUGUUGACUUUGUUGAUCCCUGGUCCAACAGCUCCUGGUAAUAACAUAGAUGUUUACUUAGCACCAUUGAUAGACGAUUUGAAAGAUUUGUGGGCUGAGGGUAUUGAAGUCUAUGACUCAUUUGCGAAGGAGAAUUUCACACUGAGAGCCUUGCUGCUUUGGAGUAUCAGUGACUAUCCAGGCUUAGAAACAUUUUCUGGAUGUAAAGUGAAGGGGAAACAAGCCUGCAAUGUAUGUGGAAAGGAUACACCUUCUAGGUGGCUUAAGUUCAGCCGUAAGUUUGUCUACAUGGGAAAUAGAAGGAGACUACCGCCUGACCAUCGUUACAGAUAUAAAAAAGCUUGGUUUGACAACACUGUUGAGGAAGGGAAUGCUAAUAGGAUACAAACUGGCACUGAAAUAUAUGAGACACUACAAGCUUUUAGGAAUGAUUUUGGAAGACCUCUAGAUAAGGAAAGUAAAAGAAAAAGAUCAGAGUUGGAAGAUGAUGAGAUGGUUCAAGAAGAAGAGUGUGAGGAAUCAAAUGAUCUCUGGCGGUAG